AUGAGCUCUCCCAAUCAAACCCCCAGGGCCCGCCGCCAUAGGUCUGCCGUUGCCUGUCAGGCCUGCCGUAAACGCAAAGUACGGUGCAGCCUUACCGUCACUGGUAUCCCUUGUGCCGGCUGUGCCCAGGAUGCUACCGAAUGCAUUGUGAACCCUCGGCAAGCGAAAGGUACUAAGCAGAAUGACCGCUUAGGACCUCGCUGUCGCCGUCAAGUCCAUGCCGAGACGGCCAACUCAAACCUCGCUACCGGCGCGUAUCAGGCACGCCAAAUUCCGCACCCGAGCAAUGAGCCUACAUCUGCUGGCUUGCCUGCCCUCAAUCCCCGUGUUGAAAAUACGAGGCGUAUCCUCGAUCGGGAUCCCUCGGAGAAUGAGGUUAACAACAUGGCCGAAGAAGAACGCAGUGGACUCGACAUUGCAUCGGCAGCGCUGGGCCAACCGAAUAGUGUUGGGGAAGUACCUUACUAUACUGGAGAACAAACUGGGCCCACCUCAGCCUUGGAUAUUUGCUCCCCCAAUCACCUGUUGCCGAAGCAUUUUCUCAUCCCGUUGCACCGCACGCACCUAUCGGACGAGGACCAGGACUUCCUACAGAGAAAGGGCGUGUUUACCCUUCCAGGCAAAAAUGCUUGUGAUGCCAUGGUCCAGGCAUACCUUGUUCAUGUACAUCCCAUUCUCCCCAUAAUUGAAGCAGAUGUGCUCGUGAGUCAUCACCGGAUCGGACAGCUUCAAAACUACAAUUUGUUGCUGCUUUGGAGUCUCUUUUUUGUCGCUGUUAAUUUCAUUCCUGCUGCUAUAUACGAGCAAGAAGGUUAUACCUCGAGAAGAGCAAUGAAAUAUACGAUGUACUGUCGAGCAAACUGCAUGUUCAAUAAUGGGGGAGAAAGGAACAAAGUUGUGCUGUUGCAAUCUUCACUUCUAAUGGGAUUCUGGCAUUCAGACAUGGACGAGCACGCACAGCCUUGGUACUGGUCAGGCAUCGCAAUAAGCUUGUGCCAGAUCCUUGGCCUGCAUCGCAAUCCUGAUAUGUCAAACUUGACUACUCAUAUUUCUGGCCGACAGGUAUCCUUUUGGCGCCGGCUUUGGUGGUGUUGUCUUUUCCGUGACCGCUGGCUCGGCCUUACUUUAGGAAGGCCACUGAGGAUCAAUCUGGAUGACUGUGACACCCCUAUGCCAGUGUUGGAAGACCUUCUUUUCGAUAUACAGAAGCCUGAGGGAUCUGCUGCCGCGUCGUAUUUCCCCGCUGACAUGGAACGGUUAGCUAGAUAUUGGAUAAUGCUCAUUGAGCUCAGUUGCCUGCUGGGUGACAUCCUAACCAUGAAUCGUCGACUUGGAGGUCUCAAAGCGUCACAAGCUCAAGUGGAAGGGCUGGAGAAGCGGCUGUUGGGAAGCAAACUUCCAGAUCGAUAUGAAGUGGGCCUGACUCCAAUUGCAAGUUUCUAUUCGAAUCAUGUCCAUUUGCAUUACCAAGCAAUGGCCGUUACAUUCUAUCGACCCUGGGGAACAGAAGCCCCGGGUGAUCUGCGUUCCACAGCAAAGGAAAGCUGGCAGCACGGAAUGCGCCUAAGGGCUGAUGCUGCGGCUUCCAAGACCAAUGAAAUACUAGAUGUCCUCGUUCAAGAAAAGCUCCUAGGAUUUGCAGGGCCUAUGACGCCUCCUCUCCUCGUUCCAGCGAUGCAGCUGCACUUACUCCAAUGCAAAAUUGGCGACACACUCACGAAGCGGAUCCGACUCAACAAGCUUGAAAUGUGCAUGCUGGUCUUGGAAGAAUUUCAGAAAACGUACACAGUGGCUUCGCUGUACCGCGGAAUUUUCACGAAAGCGAUCCAACAAAUAUUCCCGGAUUACUCGCCGCCUAUCAUAUCUUCUGACUAUUCAGCAAUCCCUGUCGCUGCACUGGCCACUAAAAAUGAUACCACCGGUGUGCACAUGGAAGAAGAGAGCCUUGACACCAACAAUAAUCGGAAUGAUCAUUUGGGUGCUUUUGGGUUUGCUGCUACGGAUGACACGGACUUUUUGCAUGUUUUAUUGGACGACUCUUCGAUCUUCGACGUCUGGCAGACGUGGAACCAAAUUUGA